AUGACUGGAAUCUUUGAACAGCCACGUAACGGGGGCACUUUGUUCCUCGGCGGGCAGAAAAUUAGCGGUGCUGAUAUACGAGAUCAAAAUGUGCUCGCAACACAGGCGAUUUCAAAUGUCGUCAAAAGCUCGUUCGGGCCUUCCGGCUUGGACAAGAUGAUGGUGGACGAUAUUGGAGAUGUCACAGUAACGAAUGACGGCGCCACUAUUCUGAGUCUUCUGGAUAUUGAACACCCAGCUGGCAAGAUCCUCGUCGACUUGGCCCAGCAACAGGACAAGGAGGUCGGAGAUGGAACUACAUCUGUUGUCUUGAUUGCUUCCGAGCUUCUGCGGAGAGGAAACGAACUUAUGAAAAACCGAAUCCAUCCUACUACUAUCAUUACCGGCUACCGAUUAGCUUUGCGCGAGGCCGUCAAGUAUAUGAACGAGAAUAUCAGCACAAAGGUGGAGAAUUUGGGCAAAGACAGCUUGUUGAACAUUGCGAAGACAUCCAUGUCCAGCAAGAUUAUUGGCUCUGACGCCGAUUUUUUCGCUAACAUGGUGGUUGAUGCAAUGCUUCUUGUCAAGUCUACGAACCAGAGGAGCGAGGUCAAAUACCCAGUCAAGGCCGUUAAUGUCCUAAAGGCCCACGGAAAAAGUGCGACAGAAUCGAUUCUCGUUAAAGGAUAUGCGCUCAACUGUACCGUUGCGUCUCAAGCGAUGAAGACUCGGAUAACCGAUGCGAAGAUUGCUUGCUUGGACAUAAACCUGCAAAAGGAGAGGAUGAAGCUUGGUGUCCACAUCACAGUUGACGACCCUCAACAGCUCGAAAAGAUCAGGGAGCGAGAAUCUGGAAUCGUUUUGGACCGCGUGGAGAUGAUAUUGAAGGCUGGCGCCAAUGUCGUUUUCACCACCAAGGGUAUCGAUGAUAUGGUCCUGAAAACCUUUGUCGAGAAGGGAGCCAUAGCCGUCCGACGUUGCAAGAAAGAAGAUCUGAGGCGAAUUGCAAAGGCGACAGGAGCUACCCUCAUUAGCACUUUGUCAGACUUGAACGGUGACGAGAAAUUCGAAGCCUCAUACCUUGGAAAUGCCGAGGAAGUUGUGCAGGAGCGCAUCUCCGAUGACGAGUGCAUUCUUGUCAAGGGUACCAAGGCUCACUCGUCUGCAUCCAUUAUCCUCCGCGGACCCAACGAUUUCCAACUGGACGAAAUGGAACGUUCCGUUCACGACUCCCUGUCCGCUGUUAAGCGAACAUUGGAAAGUGGCAGUAUCGUUCCUGGUGGUGGUGCAGUUGAGACUGCUUUGCAUAUCUACCUCGAGGAGUUUGCCGUCACAGUGAGCUCCCGGGAACAACUCGCCAUUGGUGAAUUUGCGCAAUCCCUCCUCGUCAUUCCCAAAACUCUCGCCGUCAACGCAGCCAAGGAUUCGUCCGAGCUUGUCGCUCAACUUCGAGUUCGCCAUGCAAUCUCCCAACGCGUUCAGGAAGGCGAUGCCAACGAAGAAGAAAAGGCAAUCGCCAAGAAGAAGACAUACCAAAACUACGGACUUGACCUGACCAAAGGCAGAGUCAUCGACUCGAUCAAAGCCGGUGUGCUCGAACCCAGCAUGAGCAAGGUGAAGCAACUGAAGAGUGCCGUCGAGGCAUGUAUCGCUAUCAUGCGUAUUGACACCAUGAUCAAGUUGGACCCUGAAAGGCCGGCUGAAGACGAUGGACACGGCCAUUAA